GUAUUGAAGCUCUCUAGUUGAGAAAAAAAUCAACAAUGAAUGUCACACAAUUUUUGAUUUUAUUGUCAUUGUGCUGUGCGACAAUUAAGUGCAGCAAAAUUUUGAUUAUGCCAAUGGAUUUUGGGUACAACAGCAGGCUAAUGAACAUGCUUAAGAUGGGGAAGAAUUUAUUUGGUGCAGGACAUCAAAUUACCAUGAUGGUUUCUGAUAAUAUUGAAAAAGAUGCAUUGUACAAAAUGGCAGAAAAGAACAGUAUAACAUCAUUUGAAAUAAUACGCUACCCCAUGCCUGUGAUGGAUCAAAACAGUCUCAAUCAGGAAUGGUUGAAUAGCAUGAUGGAAGUUAGUGUGAUUGAGAAUAUAAAACAACACAGGGACUUCAGUUGUUUUAUAUUCUCUCAAUCCCUCAAGGUCUGGGACCAGAUAGCAAAUGGACAUUUCGACCUUAUCAUAGCAGAUGAAGGAAUGUUUUCCGCACGUUUGGUUUCCGCCAGUCUCAAUAUUCCAUUAAUUGCAUAUGUAAAUUGGGGACCAAUGUCUUUUGAUCUUGGGUAUGUACAAAGGUCUAACCUUGCUUUUGUACCUGCCUUUCUCACACCACUUACAGAUUCAAUGUCCUUUGUUGAAAGAGUUUCAAACGUUUGGGAAUAUAUUCAUCUACAAGAAACUUUAUCAGGUACUUGUGAAAAAAUGAUAGGAAUUUGUAGAGAAUCUGGCUAUGGGGAUGCCUGUGAUAACAUCCGUGAUUCACCCAAGACUGUCUCAUUGGUGUUCAUCAACAGAAAUGAUGCCCUGCAUUACCCAGCCCCCUUCAUGCCACACGUCAUAUCUAUAGAGGGAUUUUUCAUGGACAAACCAAAACCUUUGAGUCAACACUAUGCAGAUAUCAUAGAACAAGCUGGAAAUAAUGGAAUUAUUGUUGUGAGCUUUGGAUCAAUGUUUCGUAGACUCUGGCCUGAACUUCGUUCUAUAUUUGCCAAAGCAUUUGCAGCUAUGCCCCAAACAGUGAUAUGGAGUUACGAAGGCCCUAAGCCAGAAGGCCUUGGUAAUAACACUAUUGUAAAUAAAUGGAUACCACAAGAGGAUUUAAUGAACCAUCCAGCAACUAAGCUUUUUGUUACCCAAUGUGGGGCUGCGUCAACAUUCCAAGCUAUGAAUAAUGCUCUACCAACCAUUGGGAUCCCAUUCUUUUGGGAUCAACCUUACAACUGCAGAUUACUCUCUGACAGAAUUAAGUCAGGCAAAACAGUCUCCUUGAAAGACAUCACCAGUGAGAAACUCCAGCAUGCCAUGGAGGAUGUGAUUAAAGACAGGACAUACAAGGAGAAUGCUAACAAAGCUGCUGCGAUAUACCAUGAUCAACCAAUACCACCUCGAGAUAAAGUCAUCUACUGGGCUGAAUAUGUAAUACGCCACAAGGGUGCACCCCAUUUACGAUCCCAUGCAGCUAAUGAACUGAAUUUCUUUCAAUACUUCUUAUUGGAUAUCAUAGGAUUGGCAUGUGUCGCGUGCAUUGUUAUUGGGAUAACUGUAAUUGUAAUGAUCAAGAAGACUAUAACGUUCUUUAAAAAUCUUGGAAAAAGCAAACUUGACUAAACAAUAUUAACUAGAUAAUGGCAACUCCGCGGAGUAGCAAAUCCCAACGAACAAAAUAUCAAUUACCGAAUUCCAAUCAAUUAUACUCAUUACUUUGGUUAAAAUUGAAAAAUUUAGAUUUUAGAAUUGCGAAUUCCUGCAAAGCAGCCAUUUUGAAUUUUCUGAGGUACAAAUCCUUCAAUUUGAGUAUAAUAUAGCCAUACUUUGAAGGGAUCGAAAAAUGAUUGCGAAAUCGUACAUUAGACGGCCAUUUUGAAUUUUACGAGGCUCGAAUCAGAAAAAAGAUACAAUAUUUGCAAUCUACUCUUAAUUGCCUUUCAUUUGAGUAUAAUAAA